CUUUAGUUUACGACUUGCGGUUUGUCUUAAGAGCUGACUUAUGUCGAUUUCUCGUGGAUGUCGAUACAAAAGACUUUCCUGCAUUACAGUAACGGCGAACAGAUUUCAUCUAGCCACCUUUAAAGUGCAUUUUGUCGCUAAAAAUGCCACAGUGGGUACAAUUGCCUCCGAAUUUGCUACCGGAGAAACACACGAUGGGAAAGUCAAUCUACACUACUGAUUAUUCUAGCAAGAGACCUGGCUUUCAACUUCAUCUUCAAAAGGCUCGCGGAUUUCCAAGCAACAAACAUCAUCCACCGGUACCAAAGAAACCCGACAGAAAGACGAUGCGAGCGCAUCAGACCGGCAAUUACCUCAAUUUUAAAGAAGAUUUCGAGAGAGCCUUGUCCACUGUAAGCUCACACCAAAUGCGGAAUUUUCGAUCAGAUGUUGACAUAAAAACACCCGACGACUCAAGAUCGGCAGCCACGCACUCGGAAAGGGCAUUGUUACAGAAAUUUAUUCAGCCAACACUAGAAUUAGUGGAGGAGGCAUGGCGAGGAGAAGCGACCAGCACAAAACGGAAUAGAGAUCGCCUUUAUGGUGUGGCUGGACAGAAAGUUGAGCUACACAGUAGACCUGAAAGACGCGAGGCGAAAAUGGAGCGCCCUGUUCUGCCUGGUGUUAACAAUUGGUUACGGUCUUCAACCGAAUAUGAGAAAGCAGUUGUCCACAACUUCAUAGAUACAUUAAACAAGGCGUCCUCGAGUGUUGUACAAGUGAAACAGAGUGCACCCAGAGCCGCAGAGAAAACUACGAAACCUCAAUUUUCAAAGGAAUUGUAUUUCCAACAACGGGCAAAAAGUGCUCGCUCCAAAAGAGUAUCAGAACGCCCCACACUUCCACCGCGUCCCAAAUCUGUUGGAUCAGUAAGGAAUGAAGGCAAAGUUGCUGAGAUAACCCAAAAUCAAGUCGUGGAACAUGCACACCCCCAUCACUUUAAUCACGGGGAAGGAAAGUGUGAAUUUUGUGAUUAUUUAAGAGUGAAGAGAUUAUUGGAACACCUUAACAAGUACGGAUCCUGUGGUAUAGGAGAAGCAACCCUAACACACUUACUAAGGCCACGAGUGGACCCUACAUACCACACAAGUUUUGAAGAUUACGACUACGUACACGAAAAUUCAUUUUUCACUAACACGAGCGCAAGAGAUCGAGGCUACUUCAUAAUAGCUCCUGACUGGGUUUCAGAAAGGAAGGGUGUUAUGUCUACCCAUUACCAAUGACCAGCGGUCAUUUCUACGUUCCACAUGCUCCCUACGGAUCGAGAUGAAGUUUCUCAACAGUUAAACAGAGACACAGCACUUGAUGGUGACCCAUGCAUCCUUCUUCGCUGAUGAGGGACUAUUAAAACAUUCAAAAUCGAAAAAAAUGUAAUGUGUCAAUACGCCCGAUUGGAACGUCAAAACUAUUUACAAUUAUAUUGUCCCAGUCGCGCGCCUUGAAAAGUUUCUUGCUACUAGUAAUAUUUGUUAUCGUGCAAAGAAAAAAGAGACUUUUUUAGAGUUAAUAUAUUUUCAUCUGUACGAUCUCACGACUAAGAACAUAGAUUUCACUAAACAUUUGAUUUCGUAAACUAUUUAAACGGUAGAUGUAAUUUUGUUUGAUGUAAAUAUUAAUCUAAGAAGACCCGCUCUAUGAUAUUUAAUAUAUUCUAAAAAUCCA